CCUGAUCCGAACGUGGUAAGAGAUUAAGAAGUCUAUGUUCGAAGCAGUCGGUGGUCGCCGCACAAGAUUCGCGAGAUCCGGUUCGUUCCAAUGAAUAAAUCCAGUAAUUUACAACUGCAAAUAAAAACCCGAUCGAGUCGUGCUCGAGUCUUAAGCCGCUUGUCGCAGAAGUACUAACUGCAUGGAAAAAUCGACAUGAUGCAGUACGGUUAGUUCGUCCGCAUGAACGUUGAUAGAUGUGCAGGGCGAGGUGAAGCCGCAGGUUCUUAGCCGCGUGAUGUUGUCGCGAAUGGGCGCAGAGACUGAGCAUUAUUGAAGAAGCCCACUUGUUGUAGUUCCACCCCGUGCAUAUUAGUUCAUCCUCCUUGUGCCGACGUUUUGUCUUUUCGCUCUUCUGGAUGAACUAGUGAAACUGAAACGGCAGCGGUGCGGGAGAGCACACAAGAAAAAUCCGAUUGUUCUCAACAACAUCUUUCUGCUUUCGUCAACGCGCAGAAGUGAAGAUAGCGGACUCGUCGCGCCGAGGUGAAGAAUAAACCUGCAACAGAACAACCGAAUCGAUAGGCCCAGAGGAAGCAGCACCGGCGAACAAAUGCAGCAGAUCGACUGUCUCUUGGCCGUGCUUGUGGCGUUGCUGGGGGUGCAGGUGUACCAGAUCUCGUACAUACAACGGCUGAAAGAAGAGUGCCGGUGCGAUUACGACGACGACGACGUGUACGACGAAGGCUUAGGCGGGGGCGGCUCUAGAAGUGGUGCCCCGUACGGCAUCAGUGGCAGCGCCGGUGGCAGGGGUAAAAAUACUGCCGGGGCGGGUUCAACAUCGCGAAGCCGACAGUUGCAGGCGCCCGAGGACGAGGCGUUACUGCAGGAAUUAGAACAACUGACAAAAGACCAGCCGGUCUCGCCGCCGCCAACAAGCACGGUAACGCAAGCCACCACAGUGAACGUCAAUCUGCUGGCGGAGCAGCCACCACCGCCGCAGCCUCCCUUAAGUUCUUCCGUCUCCAAUACCAGUCCUGGCGGGGGCAUAAUAGGCAGCAGUUCUACAGCGAACGGCGGCGGUGCUGGUGGACAGCUCACACUGAAACAGUAUUUGCAACGAAACUUGCCGCACGGACUGGGCAUUUUUCUCGGCGUGGGGACCAGCACCUUGCCCAUGGAAUUACUCAGGGAUUGGAGCACGUCACCCGGUACUACGACUGGUUUUUUUAGAAGAUUUUGGUGCGGCAAGUUCUCAACUUCAAUAUAGCUUUGUGCGAAGGAGAAAUUUUUAGCUCGCGAGGAGUGUUGUAUUACAACCAGAUGUAAGUACUUAUCUAUCCCCUGCUGUACUACCGUUGUGAUGGAGUAAAGAAAUGCACCAUUCGAAAAAUAAAUAAUCUCUAGGGCUCUACCUCGUGGAUCCCUACAUUCAUAUCUGGGCGGGGUACGACGAUCCGGCCAACCUGUCGGAUAAGGACCACCAGCGAAUCUUUGAGAGGCACCAAAUCGACCUGAAGCCCUACGAGAACCGGUUCUCUUUCGUGCGGGACUUCAGCCACAGUUUUGUGGUCACCUACAAGGGGACGCCCGGCUCACCACCAACGAGUUUACUGUAUAUUUCUUUUCCAUUCUACGUUGAAACCCUGCGCCUUGUUGACCAUACGAUACUGAUACCGUUUUUCUUGUACGUUGGACGUCGCAUUCUUAUGCAGAGCUGCAUUGGAACAAGAUGAAAAAAUAAAAAAACUUUCUCUCGUCUCCACUUGCGUUAUUUGAUAAUUGACAAAUAACGUAGGUACAUAGACAAUACGCAGACGGCCAGCGCGAUCGUACGAGAUCUCAAUGACUGGUGGGAUUUGGUAGCGCCGGGCGGGAUUGCCGCCGGUCCGCAAUACAACCAAAAGCCAGAAGUGGCCAAGGGCGUACAGGAGUUCGCGGCGAAGCUCAGCAUACCCGUACAGUUGUUUGCAGACCAGCAAACGUGGUACCUGGUGAAGUGAGAAAAUGCAAAACUAUUGAUUUCUCCGUUGCACCUCGUCUAAGAAAUACUGGGAGAAUUUUUGUCUGGCGAUUGCAUUCUUGCUCUGUGGGACCUACAAUUUCUGUUGCAGAUGCAGCACAGGAUAAGGAAUAGACACUUCCCAGAUCGUUCCGAGAGAUGACAGUUGCGAUCAACACGAAACAGCAGGAAGACCAC